AUGAGACUGGCUGUCAGUGUUUGCAAUGAAGAGAGAAGUGCGAUAGUAACACUCCAAAGUGGAGGGAAGCGUGAUGGUGGAGAGAUGAAGAUGCUUAUGAUGGUGUACAUGUUCAACCUUGCGGCUCAACUCAUGAAGCUCGCUUUCGAGAGGCGAGCAGCCAAGAAGGGUCAUGCGAAGGCACAGUACAACCUGGCAGUCUGCAUGCUGAAGGGAACAGGAAUGGAGGCGGAUGAAGAGGGAGGGAUGCGGAUGCUUCGAAGGGCAGCGGACAACAACAGUGCCCAGGCUCAGUUUCAGCUGGCUGCCAUGUUGGAGGAAGCGCUGAGAGCAGGAGCCAAGGAUAAGGAGAAGGCUGAGGAAAUUCGGAGUCUGCUGGCCCGGUCGGCCGGUCUGGGGCUCGUAGAAGCGCAGAUGAGACUGGCAAGAUGCUUCAAGGAUGGUCUCUACGGGCUCCAGGUGAACUUUGGAGCGUAUGUUCGCUGGAUGGAGAAAGCCGCAGCCCAGGGAGCAUGCGAGGCAAAUGUGGAGCUAGGAAAGCUGUACAUGUCAGGAAGCAGACACUUUGACAAGGACCGCUACCGGUCUUUCGACUACUACCGAGCUGCUGCAAAGCAGCACGACGCUGAAGCUGAGCUUGCGAUGGCGACCCUGAUCUUGGACUACAACGUGACCAACGGCAGGGAGGUUGAGGACAAGAGGGAGGCUCUCAAGACGGGGGUCGUCGAUGCGUACAGGAUGCAGGAGGUGGAGCAAGAGAUUGCCCAGAGUGUGCUCUCUGUCGAUGACGGGAUAAAAUUCCUUGAGAGGUCCGCACAGAAGGGAAACGUAAACGCCAGCUUCAAGCUUGCCAAGGUCCUCUUCGACAACGAUGUAGAGGACAAGGCAUCUCGUCGGAUGAUGUUGAAAUGGUUCAAGCAGUCGGCUGAAGGAGGGGAACCGCGAGCUUGGCUCCACCUGGCGAAGAUCUACAGGGAGAAGGAGAAGCUGGGGAGAGCGAGGAAGUGCCUGAGGGAAGGAGCUCGCUGCAAUGACGUUGAAAGCAUAGCGGAGUAUGGGACGAUGCUUGUCAACGGGGAAGGAGGGCCGAGGAAGAAGAAGACAGGCAUCGUGCUGCUAAAGAGAGCAGCACUUCGAGGGAACGGAGCAGCAGCCCACAUGCUCGGAAUCCUCUGCGAGCGAGGGGAAGAAGAUAAGGGCAAGAUCAAGUACAUCAAGUGGCUAACGCGGGCGAGCGAGCUGGGUCAUGUGCCCUCGAAGCUGCUUCUUGCCCACGAGUACCUCAACGGCUCCUCUACUCUCAAGAGGGAUGAGCUAGGAGCCGCAAAGUUGAUCAUGGAGGCCGACAAGCUCGGCUCUUCCUCGGCCCUGUCCUCCUCGCUGUCCUCCUCCCUCUCUGCUGGAGACUACUUCCUGUGCGCCGAGAUCCUCGCCAAGAGAAGUUUCGCCUCCUCCAACUGGACCGACGCCCUGGAGUGGUACCACCGGGCAGGAGUGAAGGGUGAGGACUUGGCGUUCGUUCGAGCUGGACUCCUGGUGGCCAUGAAGCUCAACGAGGCGUCUCCCAGCAUCCAGCAGGCUCAGCAGCUCCUCCUCAACGUCACAAGGGAGGAGGAGGCGAGAGAGGCGGAGGCGCUGCUGGGCUGGAUGCACCUCAAAUUCCACAGCAUCCGAGACCCGACGAAAGCCCUGGAGCUCCUCCGCAGCUCCUCCUCCUCCCCUCAUGCAGGCGCUCUCUUUCUCCUUGCCUGCUGCCACCUCCGGGGCGCCGGGGUGCCGACGGACGAGGAGGAGGCGGCGAAGCUGCUGCAGCAAGCCCUCAAGAGCUGGUCCGCCUCGUCGAGGAGGAGAUCGUUCAGCCACUCCCUCUGGCGCCUCUGUGACAUCCAGUUCACCCUCGGGCAGAUGUAUCUCCAGGGAUGCGGAGACGUCCAGCAGGACGUCAGCAGGGGGCUGAAGCUGGUGAAGCAGGCGUCGGAGCAGAAGCAUGCGGAGGCCACGAAGCUGCUCGCUGACUGUUACCUGAUGGGCCGAGGGUGCAGGAGGGACGACAACAAGGCUGCGAGCCUGCGAGCGCAGGCGACGAAGGAGGAGAAGGAGACAGAGAGCGAUCAUAUGAGCUUCUUGAAGCGUAUGUGA